AUGUGAUGAAUCACCAACUCUUCUUUUCUAUCCACAAAGAUUACUAUUAUUAAACCUAAUCACAUCUCUCUGCAAUUUGAAAAAUCAAAAUUUCGUAGCAGAGACAACGAUGCCAGAGUACUUGGUAACGGGAGGAACCGGUUUCAUUGCUUCUUACAUCAUCAAAUCACUACUCGAACUCGGUCACACCGUUCGGACCACUGUUCGAAACCCUCGUGAUGAAGAAAAGGUUGGAUUUUUAUGGGAAUUUCAAGGAGCAAAACAGAGGCUAAAGAUCUUUCAAGCUGAUCUAACUGUUGAAGGAAGCUUUGAUGAAGCAGUGAAUGGUGUUGAUGGAGUAUUCCACACAGCUUCUCCUGUUCUUGUUCCACAGGAUCAUAACAUUCAAGAGACAUUGGUUGAUCCAAUUAUAAAGGGUACAACAAAUGUGAUGAGCUCUUGUGCUAAGUCCAAAGCCACAUUGAAAAGGAUUGUUCUUACUUCUUCUUGCUCUUCGAUACGGUAUCGUUUUGAUGCCACUGAAGCUUCUCCUCUCAAUGAGUCUCAUUGGAGUGAUCCUGAAUACUGCAAACGCUUCAAUCUUUGGUAUGGAUAUGCAAAGACUCUAGGUGAGAAAGAGGCUUGGAGGAUAGCUGAAGAGAAAGGAUUAGACUUGGUAGUUGUGAAUCCUUCCUUUGUGGUUGGUCCAUUGCUUGGACCAAAACCAACAAGUACUCUUCUUAUGAUUCUUGCCAUUGCCAAGGGUCUUGCUGGAGAGUACCCGAAUUUCACGGUCGGGUUUGUGCAUAUAGAUGAUGUGGUUGCUUCACAUGUAUUGGCUAUGGAAGAGCCUAAAGCAUCAGGGAGAAUCAUAUGUUCGAGCUCCGUUGCUCAUUGGUCUGAGAUCAUUGAGUUGAUGAGAAACAAGUAUCCUAAUUACCCAUUUGAGAACAAGUGUAGUAACAAAGAAGGGGAUAAUAUUCCACAUAGUAUGGACACAAAGAAGAUACAUGAGUUGGGAUUUGGUUCCUUCAAGUCACUACCUGAGAUGUUUGAUGACUGUAUCAUCAGUUUUCAGAAGAAGGGUUUGCUCUGAAUAUAUAGCUUUCCAUAUAUAUAUAUAUAUAUAUAUUGUGGAUUCAUGGAAUCGAUGUAGAAGAGUAACUGGUUUUUAAUUUCUGCUUCUAGUAAUAAGCUGGUUUUGAUCAACUAA